AAAGGAGACACAUAGGGGAGGGACACAUAAUAAUAAUCAACAUCACAUACUGUAAACCCUGCUUAAAACGCUGAAAAAACGACUUAAACAAGAAUACAAGCGUUGGAAUACCAACCUCACUCACUUGAAUUUGGCGCCACACUGGGGAAAAUGGCGGCGCUUCCAGGACGUCUGGUGCUGAACAGUGUCGUCACCUCCUCAGACUGACUGAGCUCCAGGCUGGGGAAGCAGGAAAGACGGCGAGCCGGGCAGGAUCAGCAGUCUAAAGGUGAGCUGGGCUGUGAGCAUCAAGCCCAACACGGACAUGGAGUUCACCUUCGUGUUACCUGCCGGCAGCAGAGAGUGCUUCUACCAGAGCACGGAGAAGGACAGCAGCCUGGAGUUUGAAUACCAAGUGGUCGGGCCACCAAAUGUGGACGUGGGCUUUGUCAUGAUGUCGCCCAGCGGCCGCAGAGAGGCCUACGACUACAGGAGAUCUCAGGCCGUCCACAAUGUGGCUCAAACCGAGGAAGGAGACUACAAGCUGUGUUUUGACAACAGCUUCAGCAGACGGAAGGAAAAGUUGCUGUUCUUUGCCAUCGUCAUCACCACCAGUUCCAACGACACGGACGACUACGAGGACCUGGCAGCCGACAUCAUCACACUGGACGACAUGGAGUUAACACUGGACGACAUCAGGACCAAGAUGGAGAAAGUCUACCUGUCCAUCCAGAGGGGUCGCCUGAUCCAGUUGAUGCUGAGGACCUUUGACACCAGGGACGUGCACCUCCAGGAGGACAACCUGUGGAAGGUGACCUUCUGGUCCUUCAUCAGCAUUGUGUGCGUCCUCACUGUGGCUGGAGUCCAGGUCUAUACGCUGCAGUCCUUCUUUUCUAACACCAGGCCCAGAUGACCACCUGCAGGCUUUUCACUUUCUCACUGCAAACAUUCUGUCAAAAUGCAUUUGUCAAAAGAUACGACACAGCCUUGCCUCUUGAAAUCAAUUUAAUUAGUGCUUGCCCCCCAAAUCCCACCAUUUUAACAUUGAACAUGCUUAUUAAACCAACUCUGACGGACAAAAUAGUGAAUAAAAACAAAACAAUAGGAUGCACGACAAACAACUGUAAUAAUAAUGUACAGUAUUUACCUUGAGAGUGGACUUUUACAGUAUCUUCUUCCAGCUGCUUCUCGGGCAAACACACCAUCAGCAGCAGCUUAGCCAUAGUUUCAUGGAUACAUGUCCACAGUUCAGAUAUUAUUUGAAUGUCUUUGGCUAGCGAUAUUGCUUGAGUACGGUGCGGACUAACAGUCAAAAGUCUUUGGAAACUCAAUAAAUAUCCUUCACACUCACUUUCUUCGUUCCCAUGGUUAGAAAAAACAAGGUUGUGUUGAUAUUUUGGAACAAUCUUUCUAGGUUUACUGUGAAAUUGUUUUGAGCAACUAGCAGUUGCAGAUCAAAGCGUAACAAUCAGCCAAGAGACAAGUCGUAUCCUAAAAACAAACUAGAUGAGGCCCUCGCAGUCCCAAGGUACUACUGUAUUGGGGUACUUUAAUGUAUCUUGCAUUAAAAGACGUUUGAAAAAAUAUAUAAUCAUUCAUAGUAUUGGAAUAUCAGUCAAACAAUAGUCUGAGUAUAAGGGGAGAAAAUUAAAUACAGAAAAAAAUGGAGAGUUAAGUCAUAAUUUAGUAAGAAAUAAAUGCUAAUACUAACUAUAACUAUAUAUUGGGAUAUUAAAGAAUAUUCAUAUUACUAUAUUAUUAAUAGCAUUAUCAUGUGAGGAGUCUAAAUACAAUAUUAAGACAAAAAAUAAGAGUAUAAAAAAAAUAAAGGCAAAAAUCCUAAUAAAAUAUUAAAUGUAAUAUUAACAUUUUUUUUAACAAGACAAAUUAAACUACAACAUUUUGGACAGCAAGUUAUAUUUUUGUAAGAAAAAAAGUGGAAUAAAGUCCUACUAUUAUCAAGAAAAAAAGUUAAGAAUAUUAAAUUAAAUAAUUUUUUUUUAAAAACUCAAAUUUAUAGGAAAAAAUCAGUGAUUAAAAAAAAAGAUGAAAACACUAACUAGAAUCUGCACCCAUGCCUUAAACCU